UCUUUUCAAUGUUUGUAAGUUAAGUAUAGAUACUGAUUUUCCAAGAGAGGCUGCAUUUCCUUCGCGGGUUAGUUCUAGUGAUGUGAUGUUCAUGAACAAGAUCUUUGAAGCCAGAUGGCAGUAUCACAACAUGGCGCGCUCCUCGUCUGCGGCUAUGACCGAAGAAGAAGUUGUUUCCCGGAAGUAAACAAAACUAAAGCAUCAGUGCAAAAAGAGAAAGACGCGGAACUCUGGAGUUUUAACGUCUUUGGAGGAUUAUUCUGCCCGAAAACAGCAUGUCUUUCCCGGCUGCGUUCGGCUCGCAGCUCACGGCCAUCAUGGAGGCUCUGCUGAAGGCGGUAGUGGCUGAAGUGACCGCUUUAGUGGAGGACGGAGCCGUGGAGCUGAGGCUGGAGCUCCGAGACAGAGACCGGGAGAUCCGAGAGAAGGAGCGGGACAUAGAGCAGAGGGACCUGGAGAUACUGGAGCUGCGAGCCGCUGUGGAGGAGCUCAGAGCCCGGGAGGAGGCGGCUGGGAGCCCCGGGGAGGAGGAAAAACCGGAGGAGACCGAGACCGAGACCUGCCAACAAGUGUGGACCAAAGAAGAGGACCCUGAGCCUGUGGUGAAGUGUGAGCCAACUGAAGAGUUCGACACAACUGAUCCUGAUCUCCACCACGGCCUAUGGUCUCCGCCUCCGCUGUGUACUACUACUUCCGAUGGUACUUCUACUGCUAAUGCCACUUGUGUAUUUGAUGAGAGCAGUGAAUCAACGCACGAAACUACAAAGUUACCGUAUGCACUAUUCAGAACAGCUAGAAGAUUUCCAACAAUCAGAUCUCCCUCUGGACUCACUUCUAAACGAGAAUCAGGAGCUAUUUCACUCGCAAAAACCUGGAUUUUCCCCGUUUCUCAUAGCCCAUCACGUACAAAAUGGAGGCUUUAACAGAAACAUAAAGAAAAGCAAUUUGAACGCGAAGGGCGAGCUCAGAUGUGAACAGUGCGGAAAAACGUUUACAGCCAAGAAGAGACUCAUGAGUCACCAGAGCGUGCACACCGGAGCCAAACCCUUCAGCUGUAGAACGUGUGGUAAAAUGUUUUCAAGGCAAGAUAACUGUGUGCGGCACGAGAGGUCACACAGAUAGACGAUGAAAUAAGACUUAAAGAAGAACUAUUGUCCCUAUUGUGUUAUAAUCUAUGGCACCCGUGGAGAAUUAUGUUAUCAUUUGGAGCUGAUGUCUCCGUAAACCUCAUCACAACAAAGAGCUGUGAGCCCCUCCGAUGGAUAGCUGCUCAUCACACUAGAGACUUUUUUUUUUUCAUUUGCGUCAAAAUGGCUCAGAGCAGUGACGUCUUGAAUACAGGAGCGUAAAGAUUGCUCAGACAUGCAUGAAUCACACUGAAUACCACUUGGAGAGGGUAUUUGAGAAGGAAACGAUUAUAACAUGGUUAAAAGCUCUGAAAAGUUUAUUUUUCAGAAUUGGUCCAUGUCAAAGGUUCACUAUGGAACUACGUACAAAUCCGAGGUUAUGAUUCUCGAUUUGAAAAAGGUAGCGCCCUCUCCAGGUGGUGGAGUUCAAGUAUCUUGGGGUCUUGUUCACGAGUGAGGGGAGGAUGGAGCGUGACAUCGACAGCUGGAUCAGUGCAGUGUCUGUAGUCAUGCAGUCGCUGUAUCGGACUGUUGUGGUGAAGAAGGAGCUGAGUCCAAAGGCAAAUUUACAGCUCAGUCUACAUUCUACUCUCACCUAUGUUCCUGGUUUCGUCCAAAUUUAGUCCAGGUUUAGAUCUCCGUUCCUACUCUCACCUAUGGUCAAGAGCUUUGGGUAAUGACCAAAAGGAUAAAAGUGGUCAAAAUGAGUUUCCUCUUCAGAGUGGCUGGGCGUUUCAUUCAAGAUCGGGUGAGGAGCUCAGUCAUACAGGAGGAGUUCGGAGUAGAGCUGCUGCUCCAAUCUACCCCCGUUUCCACCGCUACCAGUUCACACACCCUGCUCUGUAGCACUUUGUUGUGAUGAUGUUUGGGGCAACAUCAGCACCUAUUGGGUUCUGCAAUUUUUCAACCCGGGAAUCAGUGAACUUAUUUCUUUUUAUUAAGUUGUGUUACAUCAAUAUUUUGAUUUUAAAUGUCCAGAAUAUAACAUAGUGAGAUUAUAACUUUAUAGCAGACAUCCCCAUCUGUAAAUGAUUGGCCUAUAGAAUGUUAUGAUCUCAUUUGAAAGCCACAAACAGACCCCAACCCCCAGCGGAAAAUCCUCUGCUGUGAACAAAUGGUGUAGUCCUUUUGUUAAGGCAAGACAAAAUCAGCCCCCAGUUGUUUUUUCUCCAGAAUCAGAGUCUCACUAUUUGGAGGUAGGUGAAACAUCUUCAGCCUAAAAAGUCCAGAUGAAUUCCUCCAAAACAUUUGUUGCUGUGUUACUUCAGAAUAAUUGGUUUCUAGCACAAAAAUGUCGUGACCUGAAUCUUUCUUGAAGACUGCUGGGCUUCAAAUGAUAACACCACGCCAUUGUAUCGUAAAUUGUUUGUGAUAUUGAAUACAGAUGGGGGCAGCUAAAAUGUUGCUUUUUUGUGUGUGUUACAUUUCUUGAGACGAGUCACAAUAGGGCAAAAAAGUAAAAGGACUAAACAUCAUAAUAAUAUGAAAAUAAUGAAUGAAUCAGAAUCAGUGUUAUAUUGUUUCUUUCAAAAGUCGCUAUACACCUAUAAAUACUUUGAAGAGUCAGAUUUUGAAUUGGCAUCAGUGUUAAAAUGUAGUUUUAUAUUUAUUUAUUUUUAUUCACUCUUAUAUUGCUGUUUUUGCUAUUUUUAACUUUAGACUGAAGCAUUUUGGUAAUGAAGUAUUUGUUAUGUUGGUAGUUAAAAUAUUCCUGUCAUGUUAAAAUUUUGCAUUUUUCAGAAUAAGCUCAGUGUUCAGUUGUGUACCCAUUUUGUAAUUAAUGUUUUAUGAUCGAAUGGAUGUUCCAGAAAUAUUUUGCAAAUCAGAAUAAAUUUGAAAUAAGCUAUGCAACACUUUACG